AACAGCAACAACUGCAGCAGUAGGAGCAACAGCAACAGCAGCAACAGCAGCAGCAACAACAGCAACAGCAGCAACAACAGCAGCAGGAACAACAGCAGCAACAGCAGUAGCAGUAGUAGCAACAACAACAGCAGUAGCAGCAGUAACAGCAGCAUCAACAGUGGCAGCAGCAACAGCAGCAGCAGUAGCAGCAACAGCAACAGCAGCAACAGCAGCAGCAACAACAGCAACAGCAGCAACAACAGCAGCAGGAACAACAGCAGCAACAGCAGUAGUAGCAACAACAACAGCAGUAGCAGCAGUAACAGCAGCAUCAACAGUGGCAGCAGCAACAGCAACAACAGCAGCAGUAGCAGCAACAGCAACAGCAGCAACAGCAGCAGCAGCAACAGCAACAGCAGCAACAACAGCAGCAGGAACAACAGCAGCAACAGCAGUAGUAGCAACAACAACAGCAGUAGCAGCAGUAACAGCAGCAUCAACAGUGGCAGCAGCAACAGCAACAGCAGUAGCAGCAACAGCAACAGCAGCAACAGCAGCAGCAACAACAGCAACAGCAGCAACAACAGCAGCAGGAACAACAGCAGCAACAGCAGUAGUAGCAACAACAACAGCAGUAGCAGCAGUAACAGCAGCAUCAACAGCGGCAGCAGCAACAGCAACAACUGCAGCAGUAGGAGCAACAGCAACAGCAGCAACAGCAGCAGCAACAACAGCAACAGCAGCAACAACAGCAGCAGGAACAACAGCAGCAACAGCAGUAGCAGUAGUAGCAACAACAACAGCAGUAGCAGCAGUAACAGCAGCAUCAACAGUGGCAGCAGCAACAGCAGCAGCAGUAGCAGCAACAGCAACAGCAGCAACAGCAGCAGCAACAACAGCAACAGCAGCAACAACAGCAGCAGGAACAACAGCAGCAACAGCAGUAGUAGCAACAACAACAGCAGUAGCAGCAGUAACAGCAGCAUCAACAGUGGCAGCAGCAACAGCAACAACAGCAGCAGUAGCAGCAACAGCAACAGCAGCAACAGCAGCAGCAGCAACAGCAACAGCAGCAACAACAGCAGCAGGAACAACAGCAGCAACAGCAGUAGUAGCAACAACAACAGCAGUAGCAGCAGUAACAGCAGCAUCAACAGUGGCAGCAGCAACAGCAACAGCAGUAGCAGCAACAGCAACAGCAGCAACAGCAGCAGCAACAACAGCAACAGCAGCAACAACAGCAGCAGGAACAACAGCAGCAACAGCAGUAGUAGCAACAACAACAGCAGUAGCAGCAGUAACAGCAGCAUCAACAGCGGCAGCAGCAACAACAACAGCAACAACAGCAGCAGUAGCAGCAACAGCAGCAGCAACAGCAGCAACAGCAGCAGCAACAACAGCAACAGCAGCAACAACAGCAGCAGGAACAACAGCAGCAACAGCAGUAGCAGUAGUAGCAACAACAACAGCAGUAGCAGCAGUAACAGCAGCAUCAACAGCGGCAGCAGCAACAACAACAGCAACAACAGCAGCAGUAGCAGCAACAGCAGCAGCAACAGCAGCAACAGCAGCAGCCACAACAGCAACAGCAGCAACAAUAGCAGCAGGAACAACAGCAGUGACGAUGAUGAUGCUGCUGAUGCUACUGAUGAUGAUGAUACUGAUGAUGAUACUCAUGAUGAUACUGAUAAUGCUAAUGAAGCUGAUUAUGCUGAUGAUGAUACUGAUGAUGAUCGCCUGGCUGUGGCCUUGCUCUAUCAGCUGCCAGACUAA